AUGAUCCCCACUGCUCGUGCUGCCGCAAGACCCAAGUUGAGCCUGAGCAUUUCUGCUGCGCAGAAUACCUCUCGGCCAACACUGUCGCUCAAGUCCCCGGGUCCUCUCCCCCGGACUCCGAUCUCCCCGUCUGCUGCCAGUCCAAGUUCGGCCCGGUUCUCAUCCCUCCAAGUCCCGAGUUAUGGUUACGUCAACGCAUGUUCCUCAAAGAGCAUCCUCAAGAAACAAUCGACAGCGGUCGCAGUUGGCAACGUCAACAAACGUAUCCAAUUUAAAUGUACCCCGACUGUCCACUGCGUGACGCCCAUUGAGAACCCUGAGGAAUACUACGGCACGCAUACCAAGAUGUCGCGCGAAGAACGGCGUUGGAUGACGGAACGAAAGGACGACUCUGAGUUCGAGGCCUUGUCAUCCGUUGGACCCAUUUCCCGCGACCGUGCCCGGCCCUAA